AUGGUGCUCGGCCCGCCGCCUCCCGUUCCCCCGCCGCCGCGGCGGCCACCGCCGCGGCCGAAGAACGAGGGUUCUGCCGAGUAUGUCGCGCGGCAGGUCUCGGGGGCGCUCAGAGCAGCGGCACGGGGCAGGCGCCAGAGGCAUCAGAAGCCCCGGGACGUCGUCCUGAAGGCGUUCGCCAGAUUCUCCGAGGACGGGCGCGUGAGUCCCGCGGAGUUCGUCGCCGGAUGCGAGCUCCUGGGUCUGACCGUGCCCAUCGCCGACGCUCUCGCCGUGUUCAUCACCGCACCGAGCGAGUUCGUGAUGGAGAGCGACAGGGAUAAGGAGAACGCGCGGGGUGGUGCCGACGAUGCGAUCGACGAAGAGGGCACCGAAUCGGGAGCGGAGAAGCACGCCGACGACGUGCUGCUCCUCUACGCGCCGUGGAUCGACGACGUCCUCGAGGCCCCCCCGCGGACACUAACGCGACCGCGCCAGUCGCCGCCGACGGCGCCGCGCGCGUCCACGUCGGGUCGAACCUCCCCGCCGGCGUCCAAGAAGACGUCCAACGAGACCGAGCGGGGGAAGAAAGCCGAGCCGCCGCCGCCGCCGCCGAGGAUGGCCGGGUACGCCAAACCCGUCGCGCCGUCCCAGACGUUCCGCACGCGCAGGGGCCCGCUGACGGAGCACGACCCGCCCGUCAGAGACGGCGACGCGUUCGUGUACCCGCACUGUCGAACGCCGGUGUUUCCCCCCGACGGCUUUGACCGAACGCACGUCGCCAGGGGCGGGGUCCUCCCGGAUUGCACGCUCGAGCUGGACCACGUGCACGGGUGCGGGCCCGGGCUCGUGGACCGAACCGCGCCCGUCCCGGUGUUCUGCGUCGCGCCCCGCGCGGGGGAGUCGCCGGACGGGAAAGCGAAAGCGAAAGCGCGCGAUCCGGAACACACCCGGAAGGGACCCGGAAUAGACCCGGAGACGGAGGAGUGCGUGUAUUACGCCGCGGGCGUGUGCGUCGUUCAGACGCUGAGGGACCCGAGGGCCGUGCUCGCCGAGCGCGCGGCGGAGAACAGGGCGAGGGACGAGCUGGCGGCGCGGCGCAAGCGUCAGUACAUGGCGGGCGUCGACAUGGACCCGGUGCCUCCGAAGAGCUGGGAGCGGUCUCGGUGCCAGCGCCAUUUCCGCGGCCACGUCGACGACGUGAGGUGUCUGACGGUGCACGAGGGGAGCAGGAGGUGCGCGAGCGGGGAGAUGGGCGUCGAACCGAGGGCCAUCGUGUGGCGCGUGGACGCCGAGGCGACCGAAGCUCCGCUCGCGGUGCUGAAACACCCGCGGGGCGCUCGCGCGGUGAUUUGCGUCGGUUUCAACGCCGACUGCACGAGGCUCGUCACCGUGUGCGGCGACGACGGGCACACCGUGUCGAUGUGGGACUGGCACGCCGGUCCGCUUCUCAACGCGUCGCUGCCCGGGGGAACCAGGGCGGGUCACAAGCUGUGGCAGGCGCGGGGGUACCAGAGCACGCCACCCGCGGUUCGCGGCGCGAUGUUCACGCCGGAUCGGACAAACAAGGACGUCCUGAUCACUUUCGGUUCGAAGCACAUCAAGUUUUGGACACCGCCGCCGCGCGAACCCAGGCCGCCGGGCGGGGUGGGGGACGUCGAGGCGGAUCGAGCCUACCAGAAACUGCCGUGGCGCGCGAGGGGCGGCCAGUGGGUACCCAACGCGACAGUCGAGGACGUCCUAUGCGCUGUAUUCCUCCCCUGGGUCAGGGUCAGGGCCGAGGAAGUUGACGAGGAAGAGGAUACGGAUGACGACGCUUCGAGCGUCAGGUCCGGUCCACCCGGCGAGGAUAACCUCGUUCGUGGCGUUAAUCUGGUCACCGGAUCCCCGAAGGGUAGGAUCAUGUUCUGGGAGAAGGGCGACGGCGUCGUUCCGGUGACAAUCGUCCCUGGAAGCGACUGGCACAAAGCUGGGGUCAGCGCGCUCGCCCUCUCAUCCGACAACAGACUGCUGCUCUCGGGCGACAAGGGAGGGGGCGUCAUGUGCUGGGCGGUAAACACCAGCUACGCGACGAUCGUCGCGCCUCUCGGCGGUAUGUUCCUGGUCGAGAACCCGCCAAAGCCCCUGCCGCCGACGCCGCCGCCGUCGGUUUCGGCGUCUGAGGUGUGGCUGGAGGGAGACGACGAGUACCCCGGCCCCGGAUGGGAGUACGAGGGAGAGCCGUCGCGAUGGCUGGAGAGCUAUCCGGACAUUCGCGGCGCGUGCUGGUCGCCGAGCGGCAGGUACGCGCUCGUCACCACGGCGCAGGGCAGUGUGUGGCGCAUCCUGAUCGACCCGAAGCUCACGGAGGGCGAAGAGACGGAAUCCGAAGAGACGGAGGAUGAGGAUAAACCGGUGGAGAAGCUGACCGAGCUCGCGAUUGCGCGGCUCGAGUACGCCGCGGCGGUGAAGGAGAACGCCAAACAGCCCGUGGUGUCGGUCCUGAUCCGGGGGCACGAUUCGAGCCUCAACGCACUCGCGUGGUGGCAGGGCGGGAAGUUUGCCAGCUCGGGGACUCAGGCUAUGUAUGCUACCGGCGCCGGCAGUGGACGAACGGUGAUUUGGAACGCGUGGACCCGGACGGAGCUCGCCGCGUUCGACGCGGGCGGUCCCGUGCGUUCGCUCGCGUUUUCACCCGACGGCCACCAUCUCGCGGUCGGACUGGAUAAAGGCACGGUAAACGUGUUCGGCGUACUGGCGUGGAAACAGCCGGAUCCGGAUUACCUCUCCACGGGUGACGCGUGGUUUAACAUCGAAGUUCGGUUCCUGUACGCGUGCGUCGGCAGCCUCAAGGCGAGCGUCGGUGCGCUUGGCUACUCCCCCGACGGCAGGUGGCUCGCCGCGGGAGACCAACUCGGCGGUCUGGAGCUCUACAGGACCAAGGCUAAGCCCGGCGACGAGGAACUGCGACCGGCGUAUUCUCGCAGGGCCAAGUGCUCGGGUCACUCAUCCGCGGUGCUUCACGUGGACUGGACCGAGUGCAGCAGGUGCGUGCGCAGCGGGAGCACGUCGUACGAACUGCUGUAUCACCUCGUGCCCAGCGGCCAGCUGCUGCCGAGGGCCCCGCGGUACGGCGUGGACUCGCGCGAGCCGACGAGGAAAAAAGAAAAGAAAAAGAAGGACGAGGACGACGAUUCCGCGUCGGAAGAAGAGCCGGUGGACCCCACGCACGAUGCGCACGCGUUGCUCGAAGGAUACGAGAGUGAUGACGACGGCAGAGGCGGUUGGCACACGUGGACGUCGCCCCUCGGUUUCGAGGUGAUGGGCGUAUGGCAGGAGGGUCAGGACGGAACCGACGUCAACGAGGUUUGGCGAUCCGUGGACGGCAAGAGGCUAUUCUCCGCGGAUGACUCCGGUCAGGUUCGCGUCGUCAACUACCCGUGCGUGCUCGCCAGAGCGCCGUCUCACAGUCACCGCGCGCACUCGUCGCACGUCACCGCCGCGCGAGGAUCGUGGUGCGACGCGUGGGUCGCGAGCAGCGGCGGUCGAGACUGCUGCGUCAUGCAGUGGCGCGUGGUGCCGGCGCCCACGCCGACGGACCGGAUGGAGGGAUACUUCGAGACGCCCAGGCACCCGGGGUUGGUCGGCGGCGUGGGAAGCGGCGUGACGGGCUUCGACCUCACGGACAUCGACGCCGGGGUGGUCAAUCUUCGCGUCGUGGACCGACCCACCGCGCGAAUCGUCAGAGGUAAGAAAACAUCGGCGAAGAAAACAUCAAACGCGAGGGUCGCCGGCGCCGAGGACGACGAAGACGACGGCGACGACGGCAUAUGGAACGCCAAGCGCGAGGACGACAUCGCGGAGAUGGACGAACCCGUCGACUUGCUCGCGGACGCCGAGGCUGUGGUCCCGGUGCACAAGCUCAAGGCUGACGCGAAGGUUGCGCGCUACGCGGCUGAGUUUGUCAAGUCCGCCCCGCCGGGGCCGACGAAGAUGUGGGCCACGCGCGAGGAGGUGGCCGAGCGCAGGAGGCGGCUCGAGACGGAGCUGAGGAAGCUCGGUAAGGAGCGGCAGGCGAGUUCGAUCGGCGGGGGACCCGCGGCGGGGCGUGUCGAGUGGGGAGUACCGGUGAUCAGGGGCGGGGAGAUUCCCGAGCAGCCGAGGCGCGAACCGAGGAUCAAGUUCGGACCGUAUCAAUCCGAGCGGCCGCUCCUUUCGCACCAGAAGCCGUUCUACUACCCUCCGGAACAUGUGUCAGACGCGGGGACCUUCUCCGAUGCGGGCGACGACGCUUAG